CAGGUAGAUGUGCGCCGUGCUGUACCCAGCCCUGAAAGCCACCUGACACGGGUGCCGCCCUUCAGUCGCGGCACCAGAACUGGCGCUUGGCCAACGUGCCCCCAACCGCAAUACCACAAUGAUUGAUAUGAUCACCUGCCUCUCCCUUGCGUAGAUACACUGCGAUUCCCGCACACAAGGCACCGCCUGCACCAACUGCCAACCAAAACCCGAGCCCCCCCCCACACACACACACGUUACUGCACAGGAUAAGCAGCUCUUCUUCGGCUCGUGUAUAGGCAGUUUCUGGGUGCACAUCCGAGUUGUAGAGUUCGUCGUCUAGUGCAAAAUCUCCCACCAAGCCUCGAACCUUCGGCAGUUGCCAUAGCUUGCGUGGGUUUGUACAACACGUUUCUGUGUGCUCCUUCAGGGCUCGGUGCUCAUUCACGGUGCUCAUUCCUAGCCCUUGCUUCAUGCUUCACUCCACAGUAAUGUAAAAUCUGCUGGCUUCCCUGAGGGCUGUGUACUCGUCCCAGCUCCUACCCUUGGCGCUCAUAGUUACUUAGUUAGCCCCAGGACCCCCCGUUGACGCCCCCCACUCAUACAUCAUUCCACCACGGCGCGCUCUGCCCACUCUUAGCUCCCGCUCCAUGCCCUGCGUUCCUCCAAGCCUUAAGAAUGCAUUUGCGUAACAGGUCUGAGAGCCGCACAACAGCUUGCAAAAUGUUACUGCUGCUAGCUUCAUCAGCCAGCGUGCGUUCAAGUGCAUCCCUGGCUUGGGUUCCCUUUGCGAACAUGCCUUUGUGGUACCGGCGCUACGGCAGCGUGUUUCGCACCAUGAUGCUCGGCUCGCGAAUCUGGGUGGUCACAGACCUGGAUGCACUCCGCGGACCGCUGCGGGAUGAGGGCGCAUAUCUGGAGAUUCCUUUCAAAGCCUUCCAGAGGCUCGUGUCCGCUGAGAGCUUCCUCAACAGGCCGGGCGUCCACGGGCCCUGGCGCAAGAUCUUUUCGGCCACUCUGGCGCCGCCGCGGCUGGCGGCCAUGGUCCCCAAGAUCGCGCAGCUGAUGCAGUCGCACCUGAGCAAGUGGGAGGAGCAGGGGCAGGUCACCAUCUUCCGCGCGGCCCGCGUGAUGGGAGUGGACCUGGCGGUGGACGUCAUUCUGGACAUAAAGCUGCUGGAUGGCACCGACCGCGCCUGGGUCAAGAGCCAGGUGGAGGACUACUUGGAUGGCCUGUACGGCCUGCCGCUCAACCUGCCCGGUAGCACUCUGUCCAAGGCGCUGGCGGCACGUGCCCGGUUGGUGGAGGUGUUCCUGCGCCAGCCCGACGUGGCGGCCAUGCAGGCGCAGUUCGUGCAAGAGUGGGAGGCGAUCGGCAAGUCGCCGCAGGCGUACGCGGCCGCGGUGUUGGACCAGCACACAUCCACAGGGGACAAACCGGCAGGGGUGGCGGCGGAGGAGGAGCCGUCAGGCAAGGCGGCGGGGGCGCCCACGCCGGCGGCUCCCGGCUCGCGGCCGGCUGUGCUGCCGCCCUCCAUCAUGACGGCUCAGCUGAUGGGCCGCGCGAUGCUCAAGCCCAGUGAGCUGGCGGACGGCGCCAUGUCGCUGCUGCACAUGCUGGUAGCCAGCGCCGACACAACCCGCUUCGCGCUCUUCAACACCUGGACGCUGCUGGCAAUGAGCCCGCGCGUGCAGGACAAGCUGUACGAGGAGCAGAAGAAGGUGAUGGCGGAGUACGGCGAGGAGUUGAGCUACGCCGCCACGUGCCACAUGCCGUACAUGGACGCCACGCUCAAGGAGUGCAUGCGGCUGCUGCCCGCCUCCGCCGGCGGCAUCCGCAAGCUGACCGCAGACAUGCAAGUUGGCGGCUACACGGUCCCGGCUGGCGAGUAUGUUUGGUACCACGCGGGCCUGAUGCACUACAUUGACCCGGUGCUGUGGGACGGCGACACGAGCGUGGACGUGCCGGCCCACAUGGACUGGCGCAACAACUUCGAGGGCGCGUUCCGGCCCGAGCGCUGGCUCAGCGAGGAGACACGACCGCGGUACAUGUUUACCUUUGGCACGGGGGCCCACCUGUGCAUCGGCAUGAACCUGGUUUACCUGGAGGUUAAGCUGCUGCUGUCCAUGGUGCUGCGCAAGUACCGGCUGCGGCUGCACACGCCCGACAUGCUGCUGCGCUGCGAGCGCCUCUUCCCCUUCUUCCUGCCCGCCAAGGGCACAGACACUGUGUUGCUGGAGCCGCGCUAGUUGCACUGCAGGCGGCGCAGGGGCACACCGACUGCCUGUUCUUGGAGCUGUCGGGACUGUCGUGGAGCUUGGGGCGCUGCAACCGGCGAUGUCAUUCGAAUGCGGCGUGGGAGAGCGGGAGCCGUGAGUGAGAGUGUGUUUUGUGUGAAGGGCGGCAUGGAGAGGACGCGAAUGUGCUAAUGCUUCUUGUGCGCGUCUCACGUUGUGUAAGCUAGACAGCAAGAUAUCUGGAAACGCAGGGACACACGCAUGGAGGUGGCUUUGCUGUGGACACAGCCUGGGGCAGCACGGGGGGGGGGAGAGACACACCGGAACCCAAGCUCAUUGCCGCAGGCGUGUAGCUGGAGCUAGCUGAUUUAAAUAGGAUACCCCGCUGACGGAGUGACAGGUGGAACUAGGUGCCCGUUGUAGUACUCGUGGCGGACACGAAUGUGGUAUGUAUGCCGGUUGAAUGUCUAAGAGACUGUUGGAGUUGCGCUCGCUAGUAGGAUGACGGGAAGUUUUGGCGGCUGUGGAAGGCACAUUGUGCGACGCCACCACACUUAUGGCUGAGGAGGAGCCGCUGUGCAGGAAGAGCGGCAUGCGUAAGGUUGCCUAGUGCUACUGGCAGUUAAGCAGUUAAGCGUGUCUAACUGUAGCCUUCAGUGCGUAGGUGUGUUGGACCAGGCCAAGUGUGCGGGAGGGGAAAAAGGCAUGACAUGCAGCAAUUACCCAGGCUUCGCGUAGCGGGAUUCUGCGAGAGCGUUAGAGAUGAGCUGGUCGCGUAGUCAACGUCGCUGGAAGGCUAAUGUCACCGUAAUGUGUGACGCACAUUGUCGCCUAAACCCUUGGACAGCUGGAGUGGGUAUGGACCGGCACGUUGCUAGGCACACCAGAGUAUGUCAGCGGCAUAUGCGUGUUGAACA